GUGAAAAGAAGAAUUCUUGCUCCGUCCUUUUUCAGAGCAAUCCACGAGUUUAGAGCUGCCGAGCAGAUUCCACACUACGCAUUUUGCACUGACCUGCGCUCCCUCAGUUCCUUUCAAAACAGCUCACGCCCCUCGCCACAUGGCUUCCAAAGAGAUCGCCACAAGCAACCGGCGGUCGAAGGCCACCCUCGGAAAGCGCGUGCUGUGCGCUUUGGACAAUUCGGACGCGUCCGCGCUGGCGCUGCAGUUCGUGCUGGAUGCGCUUGUGAAACCGGAGGAUGGCGACAAGCUCAUCCUGUUCCAGGCGGCAAGGGUCAUUGACAUGUAUGAUGACGUGGAGUUCAUGUUCGUCCCAGACAACCAGAUUGCCGCCGCCCAAGAGCGCCUCGUGGAGCUGUGCUUGUCCAACCUGAAGAAGAUCAAGGAACAAUUCAAGGUAGACGCCGAGUUGGUGGUUCUCCCGGGGGAUCCCCGGCAGCUGAUCCCUGACUACGUCACCAAGCAUCCGGUUGACAUGGUGGUGGUCGGUACACGGGGGCGGGGCAAGUUCAAGAGUCUGUUCCUGGGCAGUGUGAGUAGCUACCUGGUCAGCCACUGCCCGGUUCCGGUGCUCGUCGUCCCAAACCCCAGGUUUGCCGCAUCGCUUCUGAAGAAGGAAAGCGACGCGACCGCUUCUUGAAAGCGCUGGCGCUGACGUCAUCAGGAGCAUGUGCGUGCAGACGGCGCUCAAAAAGACAGCUGUUGAUGACGGUAUGGCCUAUGUCAGAUGGAAGAGAGAUUUUGUGCAAUGUAUUGAACGGGUUUGUAUGCAAGAAAGGAGUACAUAAGCAAGGAGCGGUCUCUCGUUGGACCCUUCUAAAAUUUCAAUAGGACUCUGUACGAUUUACCUAUUGUCGAAAGACGAGUUUGUAUAGUACGUUAGAAGAGAUGCAGUAUCUCCGUUUUAGAGUAGUCACGUGCUAAGAAAAAAUGUUCUGCGGAACGGGCUUCAAGAUCACAUACUUCGGUUGCUCCGUGACAAACGAACCCGAU